AUGAACAACCAACGAUACGGAACAAUAUUCUGGACAGUUGGGGAUGUGACGGGUACGCACGACUCGAAGAAGGUUCCAACGACGACCAAACGGAAUCGUGACAGAAUCUCAAAUGUCCCAGAAGUCCCAGAAUCCAGUGGUACUGCUGCAAGACGCGCCAGUCAAUCUAAGCGAGACCCGUUAACAGAACUCACCCCGGAGAAUAUACCGACACCUUCUCUACAAAAGCAACGAGUUUUAUAUAACGAGCAGAUUGAGAUGGAAUGA